UUCGUUGGAGUGAUACGACGUCGCAGUGCGCGCGCUGUGAUCAGCCUUCAGCAUCAGAUAAGACAAAAUACUUAUUACAUAGCUAUUUCGUUUUUAGUUUCUUUUACUUUGACAUGAUUUUAUUCAUUGUUUUUGUUCCGCACAAUCUUUCUUCACUUUUCUCCAUUCUUAACAAAACAGGAAAUUAGAUUUAAACAUUCGAUUACUGUUGUCACCAUUUGUUAAGAGAGCAUCAGAUUUUGAUCGAAUUACUUAUGAGGGUAAGUUAUUUGAGAUUAGCUCAAGCGGAUAAAAAUUUGAGUUGAAUUUUUUUAUGAUACAAAUUACAAUAGGAGAGAAGGAGCGUAAUCAAACUUAAGAUCUUUAAAAGAAUAUUAAUAAGGAAUAAAAAGCUAGGCAUCUGGGUUUGGGUUGGGAGUGAAUUUGUAUGUUCAGUUGUUUUCUUUUGAGUAUGGUUGAAAAGAAUGUUGUUAGAGACAUUUUUGUUAAUCAAACAUUCUGUAAUUAGUCAAAACCUUAAUUCAUUCCAAUUUCCCAGAACCAAAACCAACCCAGUCCAACCCAGUCCAACCCAACCCAAUCCAGGUCCAUCUACUUCAUCCGGACGAUCCCAGUAAUUGCCGCGAAGAUAUUAAACCAGAUAAAGCUCAAGGCGCAAAAGGUCAGAAGCUACAGAGUCACUCAUAAAGCUGAUCAACAUCAAAAUCCUUGACCCGCGGCAUGACAAAGAAUCAAGAGAAAAUUCACCAAAAAGAAGAAAUGAAGCUGAAAGUAUACGUCGAUAGAUUGUCACAGCCAUCUCGUGCAAUUUUAAUCUUCCUCAAGGUAAAUGGAAUAGAGUUCGAGGAGAUUAAGAUGGACAUAUCCAAACGUCAACACUUGUCUCCUGAAUUCAAAAAAAUAAACCCUAUGGGACAAGUUCCUGCUAUUGCUGAUGGGAGAUUUAAUCUCUUUGAAAGUCAUGCAAUUCUUGUUUAUCUUGCUUGUGCAUUUCCUGGAGUAGCAGAUCAUUGGUAUCCGGCUGACCUUUUCAGGAGAGCUAAAAUCAACUCAGUAUUGGAUUGGCAUCACUCUAACUUACGCCGUGGUGCAGCACCAUACGUUCUAAAUACUGUACUUGCACCCGUGCUUGGACUUCCAUUGAAUCCACAAGCAGCUGCUGAAGCUGAGAAACUUUUGUCCUCCUCUUUGUCUAAAAUAGAGUCGAUUUGGCUCCAAGGUAAUGGAAAAUUCUUGGUGGGUGGACUCAAACCAUCGAUAGCAGAUCUCAGCAUGGUUUGUGAAAUCAUGCAACUUGAGCUUGUAGAUGAGAAGGACCGCAAUCGUAUACUUGGCCCGCACAAGAGAGUUCUACAGUGGAUUGAGGAUACUAAAAAUGCGACAAGACCUCACUUUGAUGAAGUACAUGAAGUUCUCUUCAGGGCCAAAACAAGACUUCAAGAGCGGCGGUUGAUGGGAGCAAGCAACAAGACCGAUUCCAGCGAUAGAGCAGCUGUGCGUUCAAAGAUGUGAUGUGAUGUGAGAAGCCAUGUAUGUGAUUCGAAGUGCUGUUAGAAUAAUGGCCUCUUCGCGUAGAAAACUUGAGCCUGGCCGGCAACGUUAAAUGUCAAUGUAUACUUUGACAUGUGCAAUGUUUUACUUCACUAUGAACGUCUGCAUCUCUUCUUGUAUCGUGACAACUCUAUAGCGUAAACAAAUGAUCUACUCUCUUUCACUCUCCUUAUCACAGCUCUAUUCAAUGGGGCUAGAAGGGUUAUUUUUGUGUAUUGAGUGUGAAAGCAGGGAUCCUUGUUAUAUAGUAAAGGAGGUGGAAUCCGAGUA